CGCCAUGUUUUAGUUUGUUGCUGCAUGUGGGGUUUGCGUACAAGGAUAACAGACGGCAGACGACGCUUGUAAUACAUCAGAUAAAAAAAACAUUCCCCUUCAGUGAAAUCUUCUGGUGAGCAAUGGCAGAUCGUGGCAGAGGAAGGGCGCGUGGACGCGCAGGCCGUGUUGACAGCUCUCAACCGCCUCCGCGGCGGCCCGGGGAGCAGGCCGGCGCGCCCCAACAGCAACAGCAAGGGCCACCAGGGCCGCGUCCGCAGCCACCCUCCGCUUGGGGCGCUCCAUCAGUUGCGCCCCCAGUUCGUGCUGGAAUGCCAGCGCCCGCGGCGCCAGCUGGCCGCGCUGCCCACCGUACUACUCCAUCUACGCAUGAUCAUCCCGGUGAUAUCGAUGUUCAGCAGCGAAUGCAAGCCUUGAAUAUUGGACAACAAUCGCAACCUGGUGCCGCUGGCGAGGCUGGCGCCUCUGUGGUAGGACGCGGGUCACGCCGCGGUGGAGGCAGGGUCUUGCCUGAGCACAUGACUAUUCUGCGAACCCGUCCAGCUACAGCCACCUCCAAAAAAGGUAGCUUCGGCACGCAAUUGGACCUGUGCGCAAAUUACUUCACGGUGCAAACGACUCCGCAAUGGCGUCUUUACCAGUAUCACGUGGAUGUCUCGCCCGAAGAAGACAGCACCGCCAUUCGUAAAGGACUCUUACGUAUUCAUGCUAACACACUUGGAGGUUACUUAUUUGAUGGAUGUGUAUUAUAUACAGUGAAGAAACUCCACCCUGAUCCCUUGGAGUUGUAUUCAGAUCGGAAAACAGAUGGUGCGCGCAUGCGCCUACUGGUCACACUGACAGGUGACGUAAGCCCCGGCGAUUAUCACUACUUGCAGAUUUUUAAUAUUAUAAUACGCAAGUGUUUCAAUUUGCUACAGCUGCAGCUUAUGGGCCGCGACUUCUUCGACCCACUAGCCAAGAUUGAUAUACCUGAGUACAAACUACAAAUAUGGCCAGGGUACAAGACCACAAUAAACCAAUACGAGGACAGACUCCUCAUGGUGACUGAGAUCACCCACAAGGUGCUGCGCUUAGACACCGUCCUAGGAAUGUUAAAAGAGUAUGCUUCAACUAAAGGAGCCAACUAUAAGAAAAUUUUCCUUGAAGAUGUUGUAGGAAAGAUUGUUAUGACUGACUACAAUAAGCGCACUUAUCGCGUGGAUGAUGUCGACUGGUCAGCAUCUCCAAACAGCACCUUCCAAAUGCGAGGCGACAAUAUCUCCUAUAUGGAAUACUAUCAAAAGAAAUACAACAUCAAGAUUCACGACCCUAAACAACCGCUGCUGGUGUACCGCGCGAAGCCGCGCGAGAUACGCUCGGGCACACCCGAGAUGAUCUACCUGAUCCCUGAGCUGUGCCGACAGACUGGCCUCUCGGACGAGAUGAGAGCCAACUUCCAACUUAUGAAAUCCCUAGCUGUCCACACGAAGAUCGGACCUGACGCGCGCAUUCAGAAGCUGCUCAGCUUCAAUCGGCGCUUUACUCAAACCAAAGAAGUAGUUGAUGAAUUGGCAUCGUGGUCUAUGAAGCUGUCCAACGAGCUCAUCAAAUUCAAAGGAAGGCAGCUGCCUCCUGAGAACAUCAUACAAGGCGGAGAUCAUAAGUACCCCGCCGAGGAUUCCACUGAGGGAUGGACUCGUAGUAUGCGUUCGAAGCCAUUGCUUGCGAUCGCCCAAGUGCCGUCAUGGGUUGUGAUCACUCCUGAGCGCCAGCGCCGCGACACCGAGAGCUUCGUCGGCCUCAUCAUGAAAACCGGCAGCGGCGUGGGUUUCUGCAUGCCGAAGCCAGAAAUCGUGCCAAUACAAAGAGACGGCCAAAUGGAUUACGCAAACAUGUGCGAAGACGUAAUCGCUCGCAAAAAUCCGUCCCUGAUAUUAUGCGUCCUGGGAAGAAACUUCGCGGACAGAUAUGAGGCCGUUAAGAAAAAGUGCACAGUGGAUCGCGCCGUGCCAACGCAGGUAGUGGUCGCACGUAACAUGACCAGCAAAUCUGCCAUGUCUAUCGCUACUAAAGUGGCAAUCCAAAUAAAUUGCAAGCUGGGCGGUGCACCGUGGCGUGUGGACAUUCCGCUGAAGUCGCUGAUGGUGGUGGGCUACGACGUGUGCCACGACACGCGCUCCAAGGAGAAAUCGUUCGGCGCGUUCGUGGCCACGCUCAACCCGCACAUGACGCAGUACUACAGCAUCGUCAACGCGCACACUUCGGGCGAGGAGCUCAGCGCGCAUAUGGGGCUUAACAUCGCCACCGCCAUACGCAAAUACCGCGAACGCAACGGCGCACUCCCCGGGCGCAUCUUCAUCUACCGGGAUGGUGUAGGCGAUGGGCAAAUUCCGUACGUACACGAGCAUGAGGUCAAGGAGAUAAAAAAAAAGCUUAAUGAGUUAUAUGGUGACGCGGAACAGGUGAAAAUGGCCUUCAUCAUUGUUUCCAAGCGUAUUAAUACUCGCAUUUUCAUAAACCGCGGCCGCACCGGCGAGAACCCGCGCCCCGGAACCGUCAUCGACGACGUCGUCACUCUGCCCGAAAGAUACGACUUUUACCUAGUGUCGCAGAACGUUCGUGAGGGUACCAUUGCUCCCACAUCGUAUAACAUCAUCGACGACACCACUUCGCUCGGGCCAGAUCAUCUGCAGCGGCUGACAUACAAGCUCACCCAUAUGUACUUCAACUGCUCGUCGCAAGUGCGUGUGCCCGCAGUAUGCCAAUACGCACACAAAUUGGCUUUCCUUGCCGCCAACAGUCUGCAUAACCAGCCUCAUUAUUCUCUAUCCGAGACUCUAUAUUUCUUGUAAACUGUUUCACAGCAAUUUGAAGUCUCACGCGACGCAGACUACUUAGUACAUAACUCUAUGCGUAUGUGGACAAUUCCUCGAUUUUGCCUUACCUUAGCUUAAACAUUUUGAUAAAAGUAUGUGUUCGAGUUGUGAUACUGGUUUUCUCCUUGGGGAGGUGUACGCUCAAAAAGCCGAAUAAUGGUUUUUGAUUACCGUUACUGAGUUAUGGUAUGUUACCAUGAAAAAUGUUAGUAGUCUGUGUUGGACUUAAAUUAGUAUGAUUUCGGUGUAUAAAGUUGAUUUUUCUACUAUAAUAUUAAGUUUUGUUGAGAAACAAAUCGUAGAUACUACUUUUUAUAUUGAAAGCUUAAAAACAAAAACAUUAAAAAAACUUUCUAUUAUUCUAAUUUGAUCGUCGAUAAUCACUCGACCUUUUAAUUAUAAGUCAUUUGCUCUUUAAAUUGUCGUGUUUAAAUUUAUGUUAUUAUUUUGACUGUACAACAGUUAGUUACUCUUUAGGGUUUAGAAAUCGAACUAUCGUGUAUGGUUCACUACAGGGUGCUCUCUUGUGAGUUGAAAAGUAAGUCAAUAAUAGUUUUCUUAAUACAAUCAGUCGCAAAUAAAUUGUCGAAGUGACAAGACAUUUUUCAUCCUAACAAUUAAACGAUAAGCAAAAAUCAACUUUAGCUGCAUAAAACACUCAUCAGACACGCAUACUGCCAUAUAUUAGCCUUAGGUUUUGUUAUUUUUUAAGUAUAAAUAGUUAUUAGAAACUACCCCAACGACGCGGUGUACGACUUUUUUGCAUUUAAUUUUAUGUCAAUACAGUUAUGAAUGUAAGUCCCACGUAAGGAGAAGUAAACUCGUAGUAGAAACCGCCGUAUAUUUUGCUUACGUAAGUAUUAUAUGCGUAUAUCUAGUGGAACAUGUAUAUUGGAAUACACGUAAAUUUCAGCGUGGUACACAUUAAUGUGUUAAUGAAACAAGCUCACAUAAAAAAUACAGAACAUACUUAAGUAAAAAAAAGGUGUUGUGAGCUUAUAAGAUUACUUUAUGUGAUAUGUAUUACUCUAAGUAUACCUCAUAUCUUGAAUGCCAAACAUAAAAUGACAUUCCUAUUUUGUUUACCUCAGCAGCUUAUUGGAGACACUUAUUUUUAGAUCUAAUACAUACUUUAUUAAGACGUUUUCUAUUUCUUAAGUUUUAGGAGGUUUUUUUGUUACACUUAAGACUACGUGCAUUGACAUGUUAACAACAAAUUCCGAUUAAUUAAAACUGGAAUUAUGUUAUCAGUACAUCUACCAUAUUGUUAGUGCCCGCGGUUAAUGUUUAUGAGACGAACUAAAGUUUUAUACACAUAUAUUUUAUGCACACUGGCGGUUUUGAAACUGCACGAGUUGAAAUAUCAACCAGCAAUCAGUCACAAUAAAAAAUAUCAUUUUGUAUUCAAAUGUUUUACGCGGUAAUGUCAUGGUAGAAUUGCGUGACGAGCAUGUAUGAAAGACAAAAAAAGAUAAGUAUUAAUGGUUACAAAUUAAUAAAAAUUCUGAUUAAAAUCUAAGAUCUGGUAGUUUAGGACAAAAAGUUACAACUGCAUGUAUGAAAGCAUUGACUCGUGUUAUGAGGCGAAAGAUGUACGCUAGGAUAGUAAGUUAGCCAGUGGAAGGUUGUGGUCUCCAUCUAUCUCGAUACGAAAAGAGCGUCAAAUGUACAUUAUGAGUACCGAAUUGUGUCCAUAUCACACAUUUAUGUAAACGUGUUUCGAAAGAUAAAUGUUCCACGUGUCAGUGCAUGUAGCUGUGCUAUAUUGUAAUGGUGAUUAUGCUCAUGGAAACAACUGUCGUGAAUUUUUAGUAUACCUAAUAUUACGUGCUAUUGUGAUGUGAAGAAGAGGAAAUGUGCGGCAUAAAGUGGUGCAUUCUGAAAAUGCCGAACUUUUAAACAGCGUUGUUCCCUUGAUUUAAAUCAUCAGUAAAAAUCGUUAUUUUUUUCUUAUUUCGAAGUAC